UUGUUGCCGGAGAGAUGCAUGCAAUAUUAGUCGACGUCAGUGCAAACUGACAGAAGUGGUCGUUACUCGUGCUCGAGCAUAAAGUCAUGUGAACAGUCCGAGUAUAAGAUAUUCUGAGUUGUGUAGAUGCUCUGACACUGAUGGCACAACGUCGGGGCUCCACAACACGAAGACAAAAGAAGAAAUGCGGUUACACGAUCCACAAAACGCACACAGAUGAUUACAGAGAGGGAAUACAGCCUGGCAUGGUUCAGGGGAAACAAUCUACAGGAUCAGUGAUUUUUCAAGAUCACGUUGACGCUUUACAUUUCUGAUAGAAAAUCGUUCUGACGGCCAUGGAUAAACCCAUGCUGGUAAUUCUUUUACUGCUGAAAAUAUUUAUGGUGGCGACAAGACAAACAACAGUAUGUUCAUCGCUCGAAAACUUUUCGCAACUUGAACAGGAUGCUUACCUUCUUGACGCGCAGUUUCGGAACACAUCAACCGGAAGUCUUCUUAAAUGUGUGGAAGAGUGUCAAAUGUAUCGACGAUGCGCAUCCUUCAACUUUGACACGGUUUCCGGCCUAUGUAUCAUGAACGAAAAAACGAAAAAUGAGUCUUUAGCCACAGACUUGAUAAAUAUAAAGGACUACGUGUUCAGUGAUAUAAAUGUGUGGUUAUCAAAACGCCCUAGAGCAUGCGCAGAACACAAUUGCUCGAAAAAUCAGGUCUGUGAGGAGCUGAAUGGCACCCAAUCGGAAUGCGUGACCAUGUUUUGCGGGAAGCCACCAGCUGUGUCAAAAGGAGAAAUGAUUGGCGAAAACCCGGAUUUCUGGAAUAUCAACGAGUCAGUUUCAUACAACUGUUCACCUGGGUUCGAACCUUUGGGGGAGCGGCUGUGUCAGUCGGACGGGUCGUGGAGCGCGUUCACUUGUCAGCGCGUCGUCACGUGCGCGGACCUCAAGGCUUGCAACAACGACUACAUCGACGGUGAAUAUUGGUUUCGCGCAAAACUUGCGAAUUAUCCGUAUGUGAAAGUAUACUGCAGUGGUAUGGCUACAACCAGCCCUGAGUCGUAUAUCACUUUGUUCGGGGAGAACUAUUCCUACUUUCUCGAUACCGAUAAUGAGGCAUGUUCGACAACCUGGUCCGGAACCUUUGAAGGGAAUACAACUUUCAGUAAAGUCAAGUUUAACCCCUGGAACUUUUCCUUUCUUCACGGUGGCUUCAGAUUCGCGAUGACCAGUGGCCUUUUUGGAAAUUUUGGCCGUACAGUGGAUUGCCGUGAUUCUUUAUCAUGCGCUGCAAAAGAGGCUGGUUCAUUCCGGAUUGAUACAACUAGAACCGGUUUGAAGGUUGUGGACUACUUGAAAUGGACAGAUGAAACAACCGUUACUAGAUCCAGUAACGGGAAUGUUAUAACCGGAUCUUGUCGUGCUAGAUGUUUAUAUUGUAAGCCAACAGGUUCCGGUUUUGGUGCCGGUGCUUUCAGCCUUGAGUAUGAUACAAGUUUUGUCCCCGACAACACGACAGCAAUAUUUCCAGUGUGUAAACAAUAAACCGCUGGGCAGAAGAAAGUGUACAGUUGUAAAUUGAAUCUCUCUCGCAUUACAAAUGUCACCAACACGCUACUAGUCUCAAACAGUCACUGAAGCAUUGCAAACGUAAGGUGCAAGACACAACCAUACGACGUUGUUUGUUUUAUUUGUUUAAGACUCAUUAUUAAUCGAAUGAGUAACAUACAGGUAGGAUGUACUUUUUGUGGGAAUAAAACGAAUACAUGUAUACCCUACCCUUUUAAAGAUAAUAAUACAUACUGCUUUAUUACACGUUGUGACGUCACAUUAUACCUUGACGGAAGUGAUCUAUGGACGAGCGAAAGGUAAUAAUACAUACUGCUUUAUUACACGUUGUGAGACCCGUGAAGA